GACUGUGUGCGCCCUUCCCUCUCACAGGAUUUCCCUCACCUUUUUCUUUCCCUCUCACACACUCAAUUUCUCUCACCAAACUCAACUUAAAGCUUCUUCUGCGGUUUGUUUAGUUUCUUUUCCAUCAAAAACGUAUCUUUCCAUUUUUUGACAUGUUCCUACUUUCCCUGCUCAUCAACCUCCUUUAGCCAUUCAAAAUAAUAGGAGUGGAAGAAGAAGAAGAAGGAACAUAAGCACAAGCACAAGCAUAAGGAGAAAGAAAGCUAGAAAGAAGAUCUUUGAUGACCCACUUUGCUAAAUUCAAGGCCAAAUAGUCUAAUGUCUAUUUUAGCAUUGAAAAAAGAGAGAAGAUGAUGAUGCUGACCACAACUGGCACCUAGCUUCAAGGAACUUUGUGCACUUAGCGCGCACACACACACACACACUCACUCUACACAUACUGCAUGCCAUGCCCUUAUCCCGAAUCCUCAUGUGAAUCUCGCACACCCGGGAUUAUCGGGUACCUCAAACUCCUUCACACAAUUCUCAUCACCAUGCCCUCGUGUCAUAACACCAACAACAACCUCAACCUCAAAGAAGGUCUCACACAGAACCACAGCAAGACUAGGAAACGAGGUUGCUCCUCCUCCUCUUCCUCAUCUCUUGUCAGAAGAUACCGUUUCAAGAGGGCCAUUUUGGUUGGGAAGAAAGGAGGGUCCAGCACCCCAGUUCCCAUGUGGAAGACCAAAACAACUUCUCCUUCUCUUCCUACACACCACACCAAGCCUUUGCAUUCUUCUGCCUCCAUGUUACCCUCCUCCAAGGACAGGGAGCUUUCUGUGUCAGCCAGGAAACUCGCUGCUACACUCUGGGAAAUCAAUGAUUUGCCUCCUUCCCGGCUCAAGAAGGAGUUCGAGGUUGAUCAAAUGAGAGGCUGCAAGGAGAAGGGUAGAGGCAGAGAGAAAGGUUCGGGGUUGUCCAGAUCGGGCUUUUUGCGGUCACAGAUGUCAGAUCCAUCGCAUAGUCCUGCCUCUGAGAGGAUGAAGGGUCUUGAAGGGGAUAGCUGCAAAAGAAGAGUGUCGGGGUUUUCUCAUCAGCUUCUGUCGGGUGAUUACUAUUUGGAUGCUCUGGAUGCUCACAGCAAUGAUAAUUUAAUUGAGGAGGUGGAAAAUCAGUUAAAAAGCGAGAAGAAUCGUGGCAAACGCAGUGGUGGUGUUAAGAACCGUCUGAAGGAAGCUAGAAGUGGAUUAUCUACAUCGAAGAAGCUUCUGAAGGUGUUAAAUCAAAUGUGCCUUAGAGAGCAGCAAGCAUCAAGCAUGCCCCUUGUCUUGGCUUUGGGGAGUGAGCUUGAUCGAGUGUGCCACCAAAUUGAUCAACUGAUCCAAGAACAGCGUUCAAACCAGAACGAUAUGGAGUAUGUCAUGAAGCAUUUCGGAGAAGAGAAGGCUGUUUGGAAAAGAAGAGAACGAGAAAGGGUUCAUGAUGCCAUAAAGAAUGUGGCAGAAGAGCUUGCGGUGGAGAAGAAGUUGAGAAGGCAAACUGAACGGUUGAACAAGAAGAUUGCCAAAGAGAUGGCCAGUGUAAAAGCUUCCCAUUUGAAAACAUCCAAAGAGCUUGAAAGGGAGAAGCGUGCAAAGGAGAUUCUGGAGCAAAUUUGUGAUGAACUGGCUAGAGGCAUCGGGGAAGAUAGAGCACAGGUGGAGGAACUGAAAAGGGAAUCGGCUAAAGUUCGCGAGGAGGUGGAGAAGGAAAGGGAAAUGCUUCAGUUAGCUGAUCUCUUACGCGAAGAGAGAGUCCAGAUGAAGCUUUCAGAGGCUAAGUAUCAGUUUGAGGAGAAGAAUGCUUUCCUGGAAAAGCUGAGGAAUGAGCUUGAGGACUAUGUGAGGACUAAAGAUGGACAAAAUGAGGAUGUUUCUCCAGAAUGUAAAAAUAUCAAGGAUCUUGAGUCUUAUUUCAACAAUGUCUGUAGGGGAUUCCAGAAUGCAGAGAAAGAGGAUGAUUCAGAUGUUGAAAACGAUGUAGGACAAGGAAGAGAUGAUGACUCAGAUGACAGUGAUCUCCAUUCAAUUGAGUUGAACAUGGAUGAUGCCAGCAAAGGCUACAAGUGGAGUUUUGCGAGUGAAAAUGAUGGUCAAGACAAGAGAUUUUCAAUUGAAAAAGAAAGUAUAGGGAGAAAGUCUUUCUCUGAGAAAAUUCAGUGGGGAAGUAUUUGCUUCAACAAGGGAACUUCAAGUGGUAGGAAGAGGGAUUUUUCCAUAAAUAUUCAGGAAGUUUCUGAUCAUUUUGAUCCUGAUAGGUCGAUUGAAUUUCUCUCACAAGCUCGGAUACAAGAAGAUAAGGAUGAAACUCAAAGCAAAAGGUCAAUUAAGGGGCUCCAAGACUCUAUCUCAUGUGUUAAUUCUGAUAAGAUAACUGGUAGACUAUUAACUUUGCAGUGUGCUGGUGGAGAAGCUGGGGAAAAAGGUCUUGCCCUGGAGGAUGACAAUUUGAAGCAAGAAAUUGCAGGAGAAAAGUCUUGAUGUUGAGAAUUUUGAUAGUGGUAGUGAGUAACUUAUUAUCACAGAUAGCUUCUACUAUAUCUGUUCUAAACUGUAAAUGCUGUCUUUGAUGAGUUAAAUAUGUUCAAGGCUC